AUGCCAUCUAAUUCUUGGUGGCCCUCGUCUUCGGAUGACGAAGAGGAGAUGUUUUUCGCAAACGCUGUGCUACGAGCGGGACAAAUUCUUAUUGAAGAGGAAGAGGAAGACGACUCGUCUGAAAACGCUAUUACCAGACGAAUACGGAUUAACAGAGACCGCCAAGGAGCGCACGAGAAAUUGGUGAACGAUUAUUUUUCGGAUGAACCACUUUACAAUGACGAGAUUUUCAGACGCAGGGUUCACAACGUUACAAAAGUGUACUGCGGCCAUUCGCCAACUGGCGUACGAGACAGUGGCCGACGCUUUGGACGAGUACUUGAAGCCGUGGCAUCACAAGAUUUGUGGAUAUGUCAUUCUUUCUUUGGUCUCCCUGGUUCACUCAACGACCUCAACGUGUUAUACCAAUCGGCGAUCUUUACCGAUAUCGUUAAUGGAACCGGUCCGGACACCCGUUUUACAGUUUCUGGGGUUGAGUAUAGACGUGGGUAUUAUCUUGCUGACGGGAUAUAUCCGUCUUGGUCUACAAUUGUAAAGACUAUUCCAUAUCCCGAGGACGCAAAAAGGAAAAAAUUCGCCAAGCGUCAAGAAGCUGCAAGAAAAGACAUCGAUCCGCCACAACAGGAUUUAAACUCGUUCUCGCUAACCAACAACUUCAAGCAUGCAAACCUUCAACAGGAUUUGGUAGAACAUAUUUGGAACAACGUUAACAUCGGGGACGGUGACGGAGACGAAGUCGAAGACGAGUAG